UUCCGCUAAGGAAGACAACUUUUGUUUUGGUUUUAGAGAGGCAGGUGGUGUGAAGAGGAAAAUGUCCUCUUUUUCCGAUAGCAACUUUGUUAAGAAACUCGGAGAGUUAAAUAAUACACAGCAAAGCAUACAGACACUCUCACUUUGGUUGAUUCAUCAUCGCAAACAUUCCAAAACCAUCGUUCAAGUAUGGCUCAGAGAGAUGCAAAGAGUGCGUGCCACUCAUAGAUUGACCUUUAUGUACCUGGCAAAUGAUGUCAUACAAAACAGUAAAAAGAAGGGUCCAGAGUUUACAAAAGACUUCGCAACAGUUCUACCUGAUGCCUACAAAAUAUCUACAAAAGAUGCAGACGACAAAGUUAAAAAAUCUGUGGAUAGAAUCUUGGGUAUAUGGGAAGAAAGAGGUGUUUACAGCAAGAAUUUCAUCGAUCAAAUGCGUCAGAGCAAACCUGGAGCGCCUUCUGUCUCAGACUCUGACUUGAAAUCCCAACGCAAGAAAAAGGUGGAGGAAUAUGUAGUGACACUCAAGAAGAAGGGGUUCAAAGUACAAAACAAUGAAAAAACCACUCCCCCUGCAAAGAGGAAGAAGAUGGAUGAAAUGCCUUCUCUUCGGGAGGAAAUAGAAGCAAUGCCUAAAGAUGAAAAUCCAGUAGUUCCAGAUGCGGAAGAGCUAGUGAAGAGACUAUCUGACUUGGAACAUUCAGCAUCUAGUGAUGCGGCUGUGAGAGAGAAGAUAGCAGCCCUACCACCAGAGGUCUCUGAUGUCAACCACUUGACCAAAAUCACGGAUAAGGAAACAGCUGUGAAAUUGUUCCGUCAGGUGGAAGAUGCCUGUAUUUUGUUGUCGGAAUACAACUUCCGUCUGAAUGCCGAACUAGAGGAGAGGAAACAAGUGGGGAAAAUGUUGCGUGAUUUUCUAAUGUGCCAAAAAGAACAUGUUGUGAAAGGAGAAGAAAAACUACAGGAGUCCAAACAGCGACUUGAAAAAGUGGGUGUGGUCAGACAAGAGCUGAUGUCUCAUAUAAGGAAUCUCCCAGAUCUGUCCAAACUUCCAGACCUAGGCGGGGGCUUGGCACCCCUCCCUUCAGCUGGGGAUCUAUUUUCACAAUGAUGGUGCAACUUUUACAUUUGUGCAUAAGAGAAUGGUGUAAAUGAUGGAAGUGAUUGAAGAUGAUGGUAAAGAGAAGUGGAACAAGUUCCUAUGUCAGUAUGAUGAAACCCUAAACUGUGAUCAUGCCAUUUGUUACCGAUUCCGUGGUGUCAUGUCGACGGCAUUCACUCUGAAGUGUGUUGCACAGUUCUAUUAUGAUUGACAUAAUCUGAUGUGCAUGUUGAUGAGAAUUGUAUAAAUGUACAUGAUGUUUGUGUUUUUUGUUGACAAUUUUUUGUUGUCAUGAUUUUGUUAUUCCCCGCAGUGGCUGAUGGACUAAGUGCUUACCGUGUGCAGAUCUGUAAAGCAAUUAUUUUAGAUGUGUUUCAAUGUGUCAACAAUGAUGUGUGCAAGUUAUGCAGAUUUUCGUUUGAAAUUUUAUGUUUUUUUUAUAAGAAAUAUUGCUUGCAUUGGAUGAUAUAUUUCUUCCCAUAGAAAUGUAUGAAGAGAAAUAUACGUUGCCAAUAAUCAUGUUUAAAUUGUACUGAGAAAACGAUCAACCUGAUUAAAACCAGAUCUUUGAUCUGCUCCAAUAUUUUGAUGUUACAUUAUAUCAGCCACAUCAGAAUAUCGGAGUGGAUCAAAGAUCUGUUAUUAAUGAGAUUGGAAGACGAUAUUCACACUGAGAGGAUGGCAAACAUGCAUAUUUUCAUUGGAAUAAGUACUAUGACAUGCAAAAUAAAUAUAUAGUUACAUUAUUAAGAUAAGAUUUUUGCAAGUGUUCGAUACACAGCAUGGGCCAGUGAUAAGUAUUUUAAAAGGCAGUAAGCUGUUAAAAUCAAUUAUUGAAGUACGGUGUGUGUGAUUUUUAAACACACAUCUGUUGUAAAAUGCUAUAUGAAUUUACUCCUCUACAAAAUGUGCCCUGUAUUAAGUUUUAUGGGACAAAUCUAAAUGUAAGACUGUUCUCUGAGACAGUGCAGGGUACUGUAGAGGUACUAUAAGAAACAUAUGUACCUGUCACUGUGAUCUUAUCAAUGAUAAAAAAUUUAUAGAUACUUCAGAACAGGAUUGUAAAUUUGAUAAAAACUGAUAACACGUCGAUCUUUAAAGCAUUGGAUCAUUUAAUCUUUUCCUUUUUGUUCUAAAGAAAAAUCAAUAUUUAGAUCAUGAAAUAUUUAAAAUGCUGUGGUUAUCAAACUUUUUGGUUUCAUGUGAUACAAUAGUGAGUUGUGUCCAACUUUAGCAUGUACUUUCAAGAGAAGUAUUUGCUUCUGUUUGUUUGUUACAAGUUCUGCUUCAAGAGGAACAAUAGAUUAAUUCUGAGUAAUGCAUUAAAUACUAUUUACAUGUA